UGAUGCUGUCGGAAAAUAUUGAUUUUGCAACGCGUGUGGUGGAUCCUUGCGGACCAGAUUGGGGAUCGCUGGCGUAAGGGGAGACUUGCGUAACACGCAUCAUAACUGUCUCUCUGGAUCAGCUGACGCGGAUAAUCGUUUCGACGAAGUACCAUCGUCUUUUCCUUGCCACUCGUGCUAUAGACGACGCGCUUGCAAUUAAAUGCGACUGCAGCCAAUGCUUGAAAAAUGGUCGACAGCGUAUUAUGCGCCGAGUGUGUCAGAACAUUACCGCGUUACUUAUCCUUUAUUUUCCAUUCCUCAUUUAGCCUUGAUCGUAUCUCUUACAUUAGUUCCACAGUCCGUACAGGGCUAAAAAUGCGUACUCUCUUUUUCUCUCUCUUUCAAGACGUUUAUAGAAAUUCUAAGAAUCGUAAAAUUCAGAAACUCGUUGUGCUUCAUCGCUUUUGUAUCUCGAGUGUUGAAACUUAUCGGUUCGGUUUUAAUGUCUUUUACUUCUACGUCAAGUGGCGUCAAGUUUCUCGCCCGUCGACGAAGGGUAUCGUGAACAGCGCGGUGUAACAGUAUCUCGAACUCGUAAGAAUUGUUUCGGGCACACUUUAAACUACUUGGAUAAGUUAAACAAACCGGAGAUCUCGGCAACACAACCUUACCAUUGAUACGAUUGAGCGCCAUGGAGAUAUCCAGGCCCAUCCUUCGAAUUAGUCGGGGGGAAUAAAAUAUGGAGAAAUAGAGUCACACGUGGAAAACUUUACAGCUGUGAUGACGCGACAGAUCGCUUUCAAGGACUCGCGUAUAUCUUCUAUUGUUAUUGUUACAACAUCUCUGUAUCGUAGAGAACCGCACAUAUGGCGACCAGACAUCCCACUUCUGAACAAUAAAUGUCAUUUCCCAGCACUCAGUACCGACUAUGCAUAUCGUUUUCUUUUGUAAAACGUCAAACGUACCGAAAACGUGUAAAAAACACCACGUGGAAAAAUAGGAAGAAUAGCGAACCUUUAACCAACCUUGAGCUAAAAGUUCUGCGUCUUGCACUCAUAAAAAUGCUCCUGGAUUUGUUCGUUUAGCGUUCACGAUGUUCUUUUCUCGGUGAGACGAAUCGUAUAUCAGCAUUCUCGUCUCUUUUUCCGUCCCUAUUAAAAAUCCGAUCACCUUCACCAUGCGUGCAGUGCGCGCAUACGAGAAACGCGUAGAUUCGGUUCAACGUCGGUCGACCGGCACUCCGUAAUAUCGCUCCAAAGUUGCCGAUUCACGUGCCAUGAAUAUUUACAAACGGCGGCACGCUCGGUGGAAGUGCGUAUUUUCUUUUUCUCGUUUAUCGUUGACUCGUUUAAUCGGAUCGUAUAGCGAGGCGAACGCGAUCGAGCACACGAAAGCGCGGCAGCGAGCGUUGCACUAUUUCUCUUGGGUUCUCACACAGAAGGAUGCUAAUUGUCCUCAAAUGGCGCGCGCAAUUACUCUCGCGCGUCUUAGUCAGCGUACCGAAAAGAUCUCAGCAUUCAUCCAUUAAACAUCACGGGGAGGUGCGUAAAUGCGGUCCGUGUGAUCGCCUGACGCGUGUGACUAUCGUAAUUAGUCAUAGUUUAUGUACCAGGUAUGCCCUGCGCGCGCUUUCUCCAUUGAAAGCUGAAAGCAGUGAUAAUCGAAUUAAUCCGUUGACCAAAUGCAAACGGUCCUCCAGUCGCGAGCGAUUGGGGACCUGAAAAUCUGGAUCGACACUCUUCCUCAUCGAGGAGAAAACAGCCGCGCGCUCAGCCGCUAUGGAAAGCCGACGAUUUCCGGAACCACAUCCACGAUUCGCUUCGUCAUACGAUUAAACUGGACGUUUUAAUCUUAUUCUCGAUACGCACGGUUGCUCUGUCGCGCACUUAUUCCCAUGAAAAACCGAGUGCGCUGGAAGGUCGUGAAAUUUAUUGUAUCUGCGGUAUCGGAGCGGAGCACGUGGUUGUACUGCGCACCAUCCGAAGCUGCGGAUUCACGCGCGAGACACGGUGUCGAGUGGCGUUUAAAAUAGCGAUAAAUCACGACGAUUGAAACCCGUGCUGAGAGCAAUGCUGUCAUCCGCUUUGUCCCAUCACGAUCCUACCUGCAGCACUCGGUUCCAGCGAAUUCGAGCGGACACUCGUCGUGCGGUUUGCUUAAAUCGCGUAUGAUCGACAGAGCCGCGUGCGCGUUUGUCGUAUGAAACAUUAUCCGCAGCGUGCCACCAAAUUGGAAAUCCCGCGAUAUUGACGAACGUAUGCUCGUUUACGCGACCUGCGACCUCGAUUUUCGCAACGCGCACAAAUUUUCCGUUGUCGCGCGACCUUUUCCGCGAAGUGACACGUACGACAAAUCGCAGUAACAUGUAUGCAUGUACUAAGUGCGCAAAUUAAUUCGAUGUUUUUCUUUUUAAUUGAGUCUUUAUUUACAAAAAAAAAAUAAAAAUGUCAAUUUUUUAAAUAUUCCCCAUCAUUUUCUAAUACUUUUCUCCGUUUAUCAGACAACUAACAACUUUUCUCUUGAAAAAAAGAAAGUAAAAAAGCACCGAAUUAAUUUGUGCGUCUAAUAUAACUCGUUUGCUCAAUGAACCAUUCGCUGUCGCAAGAUAAAGACGUUUGAGCUGAAACCUAGCCGAUGCACCGAUUUCAACCAGUUCUUACUAAUUGUAUGCGAAGUUAUGCGUCAAUGAGUAACCGUCAAUGAGCAUAAUCAUGAGUUUGCACAAACAAAUGAGAAAGAAAAAAUUACAACAGGAUUACGUAAUUGUUUAUCCAUAAUUUCUGGAAACGUUUCGAUGUGCAACACGGCGGUACCGACAAUGUUACAGUUGAAACCUAAUGACCGGCACUGAAAUCAUUAUACUCUUGAUACCAAGACGUCGGCGUCGGGAUAUCACCGUGAGAUAAUCAGACACCGCACCUCUCGAUAGCGAGUCGCAAGACUUCAGACGCAAGACAGCACGUUACUGAGAAACUCUAGGCUCUUAUUAUCCCGCACGACUACUAUUCUCUUCUUCCGUCUUUCCCUCAUACACAUAUAAUAUAGGUAUUAUGUUUGCAAAAGUUCGUGCGAUAUUAAAGCUAUUUAUUUAUUGAUAACAAUGAGAUAAUAUAUAUAAUAUUUUAAUUAAAGUAUUAGUUAUUGCUAUCAAUAAACCUUUGCUAUCUUUCCGGCGAUAGUUUGAUUCGAUAAAAUGACUCAUCUGUCGAGGCAAUCCAUCUAUUUGUGAUUUCAACUUUUGCAAUUUAAUGUUGUGGUGUACGAGGGAUAUAUCGGAUAUUUAAUAUUUAUAAUAAUACCUAAUAUUUCAUGUGUGCAUCGACAUCGUGUACGUGCUUACGCACGCAUCCUUGUGAUGAAUGACGUGCACGAUAUACCUCCGGUAACGCGAGGAUACGAUCGUAACGUAUUUGCUGAUUACGUGGCUCUUGCAGUAUAAUUGUUCAUUUAUUCGUUUAUUGUAUUCUUAUUAUUAUUGCGCAGAACACCGUGUUUUCGAUGCGAUUGUUAUGGAAACAGUGCGAUGUUGUCCACAUGUGCUGAUAUCGAUAAAUUUCUGUCAACGAAUCAUCAAUAAAUCGUCAAACGUGGUUAUCAGUUUACUGUAACCGAGAACUGCGACAAGAAUACAAAUACAUAUACGAGUAGAAUAAUCUACUAAAAAUGACUGUACCUGAGGACGCGGAGUAAUAGAAAGCAGUUUCAAAAACAGCUAUUAAUUUCACAAUGAGGACACUGACAUAAAAAGAAAUAGUACGUUUUUUUACGAGCUUUUACUGCCAUUGUAUGGAGAUGCGAGAAAUCGGUGCCACAGUGAUUGCAUUAUUAUCAAUUUAAUACUAAAUUUAAUAUGUUAAUAUGUAGUCAGAAUAAAUAGAUUCAUAUUUCUUAAAUAAUGUUACUGUCACACGAUGAAAGAUUUUAAAUAUUGAUUCGGUUAUGUAUAAUGUACAAAAAUAUAACAAUAUCGUUCAUCGAAUCAAACGUGUCACAUUAGAAACGGUGCAGUGGCAUUAUAAAUUGAUAUAGCAACCUAGAUUUUAAAGCACAAAAAGAGGAGACAGCAAAUAACAAAAACAGUUAUUGCAAAUUGAACCGUUAUUUGAAUCUAAAAAACUCUUGCGGAAUAAAUUUUCGAUAUAAAAAAUGUGGUAUCGUGAAAUUUGACGUGACACAAUUUUUGAUAUUAUGUGUACAACGUGAUAGACGAUAGACAAUAGCAAUAGUAUGAUAACGAUUUCUUUUAUCGCGCUUAUAUCGCAUGUCAUAACAAAGGUGCUUCGAGAAUACACUAUCGGUUCGAAGGUGCGAUAGGGAAUGACUCAGCGUUUAUAGAUUAUUGUCAAUUGCGCGUGUGCGAUUAGGGAGCCUUUGCGUAGACCUAAAUUAAAUCAGCCACGGGACAAAAGAAUAUUCUCAAUUUAACGUUUGAUGUUCUAAAAUAGAAUAACAGAUGCACGUAUGUCUUUAAAUAAUGCAAAACAAGUUCAUAUCUUAUACAGACACACACAUACAUGCCUAUGAGAAAGAUAAAAACGAAUGACUAAUGAUCUUAAUUGUAUUUACCGCACUUUUUACGAGAGCAAAAAUUUGUUUAUGGUUUAUUUAUUUGCGAUCUUGUUGAGAACUUUGCAAAACAUCACUGCCAACACAUCAUAUAUGUAUGUAGUACACACAUAAAGAAAGAUUGGCAAAGCAACACUAUUUUUCUCAACUAUUACGAAUACGUAAUCUCUUAGCGAAGCUAACGUGUUCUGGUUCGUUUCAAGUUUUUUCUUCUCUCUGUUUCGUAUCGUAUUACAUAUCACACGAUUUCGUUCACGUCCUUCACAGCACAGCGCACUGACAUAAGCCAAAGGCUAAUCUCUUUUUCCGUAUUUAAUUUUCAAGAUGACAUAUUUGUAAAACUUGACAUAAAUAAAUCUGAAAAUUUUUACAGAGAUAAAACUUUCUGCGCAACGUCGAAACCAAUAACGUAAACCACAAGCUUAAAUUCUUGAAUACUUGAAAACUUUUAUAGUGAUAUUUAUAUAAAUAUUUAUAUAUAUAGUACUAUUUAUAUAAAUUGUGUUAAACAUUAAUAUACAACAAAAUACAUUGGAUGUUAUUUUUUAUUAGGAAGGAAAUCAAGCAUGCGUUGAAUAAAAAUUGCGUCUGCUCGACGAAUACGAAGUUUCCCAAAUAAUAUAUAUUAUUACGGUUAACACACAUUGAAAGCAUUGUUAAAAAGUAGAGUUAAUUAAAAUGUUAUAAAUUGCCAUACAUAUGCAUACAUAUUGAGUAAAACAUUCAAUCGCAGGAUGCUUACGAUCAGCUCUGCAUAAGCGUAAAUUGUCAAGAAGAAAGAUUUAUAAUGCAUUCUAAUCCGAAAAUAGACCACACUUUCGAACAAGUUGAGAAUCUUUCUACACUCGAGAAGCGUGAUUCGGUCGGUCCGUGUCGGGAAUCAAAGAAGGUGACGUUACAAUAUUGAUAAACAAACGGGCGGGACGGACAGAUUGUGCGACCGCACGGCGGUCGUAAAUGCGCGCGCCGGUCUUCCUUAGCAACUGAUUCGCCGAGAAGUAGCCGAGCAGCGGCGAACACUGACGAGUACCGACGAGUACCGCCGAAGCGCCGCACAAGGGCUACGCUCUGCACCACCGUUCGUGCGUCAUAGUCCGUUCGUCUUUUCUGCACGAAGUUGUACUGUUCCGACGGCCAGUGAUCGUCCGAUUCGUAUUCCUUUGACGGGAAGGAGGAGCACUCCGACAACAUUCUGACAAGCGGCGCUACUUGAAAUUCGAGGCAAAAAUGGCUGAAGAACAAUGGGAAGAAGAUAUCAACUAUGGACAAUCAGCGGAGACAUCCUCGUUUGAGCACGGACACGCACCGUGUCGCGGCAAAGGACGUGGCAUGAUGCCGUACAACAAUAAUUCCGACAACGAUUAUCCCGUAGGAAAGAACAAAGGAAGGGAUGACUAUCAAGAGAGUUAUGAUGAUAACGUUUACAAUGGAGACGAUAGUAAUACUUUUAACAGUAACAAUCGUAAUCGCUUUGGUGGUAAUAACAGAAGGCAAGGCAACGAUAGGCCGCGUUACGGAAAUAACCGAGACGGAGACGGCGACGGAAGCGAUCGUAGGUGGCAAGGUAAUAGGAACAGGAAUGAUCGACAAAAUAGAGAUGAUAGAAAUAGAGAUAGAGAUGAUAACGAAACCGAGGGUAGUGGAUACAACGGGGGCUAUCAGACCGACAGAAGAGACAGGCCGAGAAGAGAUAGGGAUGACAAUAGAGAUAGUAGAGAUAAUAGAGGUGGAAAAGGCGGCGGUAGGAAUAGGAACGAUAAUGACGGCGAAGAAGACCAGAAUGGCAAUGAUGAGACUGAACAAAAGAAGAGGGAAGUGUACAUUCCGCCAGAGCUACCCAAUGACGAAAAUUCCUUGUUUGGCAACGAUGUAACGAUGGGAAUUAAUUUCGACAAAUACGACGACAUCGAGGUGAAGGUAACUGGUGAAAAUGCACCGCGUCCGAUACAGAACUUCAAUGAAAGCGGCCUGCGAAGCAUCUUGGUGGAAAAUAUCCAGAAGUCUGGCUACAAGAAGCCCACUCCUGUCCAGAAGUACGCCAUUCCAACAAUAAUGAGCGGUCGUGACUUGAUGGCCUGCGCGCAAACGGGUUCGGGCAAGACCGCGGCAUUCGUGGUGCCUAUCAUACACGCGUUGCUGGAAAACCAACAGGAUUUAAUGACAAGCGGCGGCUCGUCAUGCGAACCGAAAGCGAUCAUUAUAUCGCCCACGCGCGAACUUACUAUACAGAUCCACCAGCAAGUUAUGAAAUUUGCCCUCAACUCGAUCUUGCGCAGCCAACGUAUUUACGGAGGUACAUCGACCAUGCAUCAAGGAAAUAAAGUGGCAGGUGGUUGUCACAUUCUAGUCGCGACUCCCGGCAGAUUGUUGGAUUUCAUUGGACGAGGCAGGAUCAGAUUGUCCUCUUUACGUUUCCUCGUGCUAGACGAGGCUGAUCGAAUGCUAGACAUGGGUUUCUUGCCCGAUGUCGAGAAGAUCGUGGAUCACGAGACAAUGGUGCCUCCGGAAGAGAGACAGACGCUCAUGUUCUCCGCCACUUUCCCAAGCGAGAUCCAGGAGUUAGCUGGUAGAUUUCUGAGGAACUACCUGUUCCUCGCGGUUGGCAUCGUGGGCGGUGCUUGUAGCGAUGUGGAACAGAACUUCUACCAGGCAACCGGGCAAUGCGAGAAACGAAAACUGCUGAAGGAGCUGAUAGAGAAGCAGAAUCAGAUGGGAAGCAUAGAAGGCACCUUGGUAUUCGUCGAGCAGAAGAGGCACACGGACUUCAUCGCUGCGUUCCUGUCGGAGAGUAAUUUCCCGACGACUAGUAUACACGGCGACCGACUGCAGAGGGAACGAGAGGAAGCUCUGUCCGAUUUCAAGCGAGGAAAAAUGUCGAUCCUGGUGGCGACGGCGGUUGCCGCGCGAGGCUUGGACAUUAAAAAUGUCGCUCACGUAAUUAACUUCGAUAUGCCAAAGACGAUCGACGAAUAUGUUCAUAGAAUCGGACGAACCGGUCGAGUGGGCAAUCGUGGCAAGGCUACCUCCUUUUUUGAUCCGGACGGCGAUAUGCCUCUCACUGGCGAUUUAGUAAAGAUUUUGAAGCAAGCUGGUCAACCAGUACCCGAUUGGUUAUUAUCUGGCGGCGGUGGCGGUAGCAGGACGUUUGCGCCAGGAGGCUCAAGGCGAUUCGGCGGAGAAGAUAUCAGACACAACAAGGGUGGCUAUGGCGAGAGUUACGACGAUAAUUUCCAAGCAUGCGGUAACGCAUCUGCAGAACCAGAAGAAGUGUGGUAGAUGAGAGAAGAUGUGCCUUGUAUUCCAAAUUAAUGCUGUUAAGCGUUUUCGUUAACUUCCAAAAGUACUCAGUGAGUUAGUAAGAACUACAAUCAUUUCUCGUUUUCUUUUUCUUUUUAGUUUGUGAUAAUUUCACGAUAUAUCGAUAUAUCAUUCUUACCAUAUUUGGAAACAGAACAAAUGUAAAGAAACAUAUUUCAAUUCAUGAUACUAUCUCCAACUUAGGCAUGUAACUAUUACAUGCUUGUUACUUUCAAUAUCUAUGUAAGUUUUAGACAUUUAGUUUUAGAUUAUGUAAACUGCACAUAUAGUUGGAAACGUAGAAAAGACAACAUUUCUGAAUUCCGAUAUGAUAAUUACUAUUUUUGUUUUUUACAUUUUUUUUGUGUGUGACGUAUCUUGCAAUAUCCAUGCAAGUUUAUCUUGGAUAAGUAGUUCUACGAUUAAUCUUUCAAUGCUGUUUAUUUUAUAAAAAUAAUGUGAUUAUAUUAUGUUCCUUUUGAAGUUCUGUUAUAUUUUUGUUAUAAUAAAAUUACUACAUAUAUAAUAAAGUUUUAUACUUUUAUAAUAAAAA